AUGUCCGCGGAUUAUGGAGAUCUCAUCAGCGACUCCGACUCCGACGCUUGUGAAAUUUCAUCGGAAUCCGAACCCGCUGAUCGCUACUACGAUGGCACCUACUACCCAAUCUGCAUCGGCGACGUCCUCCACACCCGUUACCGCAUUAUCCACAAGCUGGGCUGGGGCGGCUUCUCCACCGUCUGGCUAGCUAGAGACGAACAGACGAACGAGGAUGUUGCGCUCAAAGUUUUGGUUGCGGGGAGCGACGGGGAGAAGGAAUAUGAGGUGCAGAAGUGGGUUAAGGAGUCUAUAGAGGAGGGGAAGAGGGAGGGGUUGGUGUUGUAUAAAGAUGCGUUUCAGGUGCAGGGUAUGAGGGAGGAGCAUAGGGUGCUUGUGAUGGAUGUUGUGGGACCGAAUCUCGAUAUGACAUUACUUCGUAUGCUGUUGGAGUCACAUAUCAAGGUGCGUAUGAAGGCGGCGAGACAGUUGCUUGUUACGUUGAAAGUGCUACAUGGUUGUGGAAUUGUGCAUGGAGACCUCAAUGAAGGCGCCGUGAUGUGGAAGAUGCAAUAUCCUUCCCCCUCCAAUACCACUGCUAUAUACCAGCACCUCGGCCGACCUCAACGCCUACAACUAUGGGACCUCUGGAAAAAAGGCGAACACGUUCGACCUCUGGACGUCCCUUCUCAUCUCCUCACAGACCAGAUCUUUCUAGGUGAUUUCGGCGAGGCCAUCAAAGACGGCGCGGAAGUGGAAUGCAAAAUUAAAUCGCCCGCGCAAUUCUGUGCGCCAGAACGCUAUCAUGGCCAAAACCCAAGUUGCGCGAGUGAUAUGUGGGGUUACAUGUGUAUCCUCGGGUUGUUGUAUCUGGAUUUUAAUCCGCUUUUUGGACGGGCUGGAAGUGGGAUGAUAAGGGAGUGGACAGCGGCGUUGGGGCCGUUUCCGGAGGGGUGGAAGGGGAGGUAUGAGGGUUUUGACGAGGAUUGGGAGGAUGGGUGGUAUGAUCAGACGAGGAGGUCUGAUCCGAUGAUCGAUCUGAAGUCAGAUAUAGCCCGCAGGUCCGUGCAGAUUGAUGGAGCCGAACAAGCACUAGUCAAGUCUGUGUUUCUGAAGGUAUUCCGGUAUGAGUCUAAGGAUCGUUUGACAGCUUCGGAGUUGUUAGAGGAUCCAGAAUUUAAUGUACUUAUGGGGAUUUAUGGAUGUUGA